AUGGAGAGCCUGAGUGAACUGCAAAACCCCCUGCUGCCCAGAAGCCCUGCCCACCUGCACGGCGCCUACACCUACCCGGAGGCCUCGCCCAGCUGGUCCUGCCAACAGAAGCUCUACUCCUACCUCCUGGGUGGUGCUGGUCCUGCUCACGCCCACCAGCUCCUGGACCCUGGGUCCCUACAGCUGGCUGUGGAGGCCUGGUACAGGCCCAGCUGUCUCCUGGGGAGGGACAAGGCCAAGGAGCCCAGGGCAGGCAGCUGUGAGACCAGCUUCACAGAGGUCAGGGAGCCCCCUGUGGGGCCCACAGAACAGUCCACAGAGCCUGGGCACGCCGAAGGGGAUGUCGCCAUCCAGACAGUGUCCUACGGGGUCCAAGAGGAGCUGCAAGGCCAGGACGAUGGCCAGGAAGAGGAGGAGAGUGAUGCGACUUCAUCAGAGAGCGAGAGUGAAGACAACUUCCUCACGCUGCCUCCCAGGGACCACCUGGGUCUCACCCUCUUCUCCAUGCUCUGCUGCUUCUGGCCCCUGGGCAUUGCUGCCUUCUACUUCUCCCAGGGGACCAGCAAGGCCAUCUCCAAAGGGGACUUCCGCCUGGCCAGCACCACCUCCCGCCGGGCCCUCUUCCUGGCCACACUCUCCAUUGCCGUGGGCGCUGGUCUCUAUGUGGCUGUGGUAGUGGCUCUGGCAGCUUACAUGUCCCAGAAUGGUCAUGGCUAG